CACAUUCGCCACCAGUCAGUCCGACACCUACAACAUGAAAGCGGCUGCAAUAAUAAUUGCAAUUAUCCUGCUGCUGCCAGCCAGCCAGCAAAAUUCAGAGGUUUUGGAUCUCAAGGUGCUGUCGUACAAUCCCACCUAUGAAAUCUGGUUUUUCGUGCCAACUGGCAGGCCCAAAUAUGUGACCGACAACAUCAAGGAUGCUUACUGGGCAGCUCGAACAGAAGGAGGCGUCUGCUUUACAGAUGUUUGGUUCUAUUGCAAAACUGGUUUAAAAAUAGAGGAGUAAUUGCUGGAGACCCCCAAUCAGUGUGAUUUUUCACACUAAACGGUUAAUCAAAAAUAUCUGCGACAAGAUUACAGGAAACACAGUAACGAAAACAUUCAUUUAGCAAGUCGUAAUAAUAUUUGUCACAUGUGCUAUCUUAUUUACCUAGAAACGUAACGUCAUAACAAUUUUAUUGCUUUUUGAUUAGAAAAAUGUUCAGAAUUUAGUGUUAGUUAAUCAAACUACUAAAAAACAAUUAAAAAAUCAUACAAUUACAAUAACAUAAAUAACAGGAUAUGAACUCAA